GUUGAGAACCAAGAUGGACGUAUUGUAAACAAGCGAAUUGUUGCUUAUUUUUAGUCAUUUAUUUAGACAGUAAUUUUAUUUAAAAAAUUUUAGCAUCUACAUUCACUUAAAUCACUAUAAUAAUAUUUUUAAUCGUAGUAAGAAAAAGAGUACAUUCCCCGACGUGUUGGUGUAUUACUUGGCGUUUUAAAUACCGGGUUAGCCUCAUCAGGUUAAUAUGUAUAAUGCUACUGUAGAACCUGGUCAGAAAACCAGACAUUUUUAUCAAUACAGAGACAAAUAAUCCAAAACAAACGUCCUAUCUAUGUGCUUGAUACACUCGUGGCUCCAUAGCGAGCUAAUUAACGUGAACUAGCGUCCUGCAAAUUAGCCCGUGAAGCUCAUUGGAAUACCGUUCACAUACUUGAAGGUAGCGUGGGAAGCGUGACGUAGACGGAGAGCUGUGCUUUGAUUGGUCGCAGGAGGUGUCACUCACGCGUCGGUGUUUCUGGGGUUCGCUCGCCCGUUAGCACGCGCCUGCACCGACUAAACUCUGUUUAGACAAGUUUGUCCUGUUCGCUAGUGUGGAAAUGGCAGCAGGCAGGAUGUUGACAGAUUAGAAACAAAGUUGGAUUUUUCUGAAACCUGAAGAGUCUGUUUUAAACAAAUGUACCUGUAUAUACAGUUGCGAAUUACUUGCAAGAAGUUUCGAGUUUAUAUGGAAUAACGUUUUGUCUUUGGAUUUGAGUAUUACACGAGUCAGCUGUAGUGAGUGAAGCCAAUCUGCGGAAAGAUGAAUAAUCUGUCUUUUGACGAUCCGUCACUGGAUAGCUUGGAUCCAAGUUUAUCCCUAAAUGAUCCAAGUGAUAUUGACACAGCUCUGCUGAACGACAUUGACGACAUGCUCCAGCUCAUCCACAACCAGGAGAUGGAGUUCAGCAGCUUGUUUGAUCACACCUCCUUUCCACCACCACCAACUCCAACGCAUGACCUUUCAGCCCUGGCCCCUUCCAGCUUGGCUCCCACUUCCCGCCCUUCCUCCACCUCCUCCUCCACCUCGUCCAUCCUGAGCAGCAGCCCACAUCUGGAUGCUCUGCUAGGUCCCCCUGUCAGCCGCAACUCCUCCACCCCAGACAAGACCUUCCAUGCCUCAAACUUUCAGCAAUCUCCCUCCACCCAGGUGACCUCUACACCUGUGAAGCCAAGCCAGGUGAAGCAGCCCAAAGCUCAAACAGCUCAGCCUGUGCUUCACCCGCCAAGCCAGGCUCCCCAGAGCCCUACGUUCUCCUCAAGCCCUCAGCAGCCUGUGACUAACUAUGCAAACCAGAAUGGAUACACUGUAGUCCCUCAGCAGGGCUCUCCCCAGCCUGUGCCCAGUGUCGCCAGCUCUCCACAGAGUGUUCAGCCGGUAGCCAUCCAGGCUCAGGUCCAGAGUCUGUCCACAUCUCCCAUCCUCACCACCUCCUCCAGUCCUCCAGCACAGACUCACGUCCAACAAGUUCCUGUCUUGUUGCAGCCUCAGUUCAUCAAGGCAGAAUCUCUCCUCCUCACCACCCUGAAGCCGGACGUGUCCAUGGUAACUACAGUAGCAUCUCCAUGCAUCACGUCUCUGGCUACAUCCACAGCUCCAAUGCAGAGCACCUCACUGCAGGCUCUGAUGAAUGGCGGGACUAUCCUGACCACAGUUCCAGUCAUGGUGGACACAGAGAAGCUGCCCAUCAACCGUAUAGCCAUCAGCAGCAAGCCAGGUAUGCAGACUCAGAAAGGCGAGAAGCGAACAGCACACAACGCCAUCGAGAAGCGCUACCGCUCCUCCAUCAACGACAAGAUCAUCGAGCUCAAAGACCUGGUGGCCGGCACCGAGGCUAAGCUGAAUAAAUCUGCAGUGCUGAGGAAAGCCAUUGAUUACAUCCGCUACCUGCAGCAGGCCAAUCAGAAACUAAAGCAGGAGAACAUGGCUCUCAAAAUGGCCAACCAAAAGAACAAGUCUCUGAAAGACCUGGUGGCCAUGGAGGUGGACGUGAAGACUGAACUUCCCACUCCUCCAGCCUCCGACGCCGGCUCGCCCGAACCCAGUGGCUCCUUCUCCCACUGCAGCAGUGACUCGGAGCCUGACAGUCCCAUGGGAGAGGACAGCAAGCCUAUGUCCAGUGCUGAGAAGGCUGCUGGAGGGAUGCUGGACCGCUCACGGAUGGCUCUGUGUGCCUUCACCCUCCUCUUCCUGUCCUUCAACCCGCUGGCAUCUCUGAUGUGUGGGAGCCAAAGCAGGGCUGGAGAAGCUGUUCCUCCAGGCCACUCAGGAACUGGCAGGACCAUGCUGGCAUUUGAUAAUGCAGCUGAUUCGUGGGGCUGGAUGGACUGGAUGCUGCCCACUCUGUUGGUGUGGCUGCUAAAUGGAGUUCUGGUAGCUGGUGUUCUGAUCAGGCUAUUGGUGUAUGGAGAGCCCAUCACUAGACCACACUCUGAAUCCUCCGUCCUCUUCUGGAGACACCGCAAACAGGCUGACCUCGACCUGGCCAGAGGAGACUUUGCCCAGGCCUCUCAGAACUUGUGGACAUGUCUGAAGGCUCUUGGUCGUCCUCUGCCCACCUCUCAGCUGGACUUGGCGUGCGCUGUGCUCUGGUCCACCCUGCGUCUGUGGCUGCAGAGGCUGUGGGUGGGCCGCUGGCUGGCCUGCAGGGCUGGAGCUCUGCGUGCUGAUCGCCCCCUACAGGAGGAUGCACGCAAGAGCAGCCGUGACGCUGCCCUUGUCUAUCACCGCCUGCACCAGCUGCACAUGACUGGGAAGCUGGGCGGCAGCCACCUGUUUGCAGUGCACAUGGCUCUGAGUGCAGUGAAUCUAGCCGAAUGUGCUGGAGACUGUCUGUCUGUGGCCACGCUGGCCGAGAUCUACGUCUCUGCUGCCCUGAGAGUAAAAACCAGCCUGCCCCGCCUGCUGCACAUCACCUCUCGUGGCUUUCUGAGUCGUGCUCGACAGGCCUGUCUGUCCCCCAGUGGCAGUGUUCCUCCUGCCAUGCAGUGGCUCUGCCACCCUCUGGGUCAUCGCUUCUUUGUGGACGGUGACUGGUCUGUACGCAGCACCCCUAAAGAGAGCAUCUAUAGCCAGGCUGGAAACACGGUGGAUCCUCUGGCUCAGGUGACUCAGGCUUUCAGGGAGCACCUGCUGGAGAAGGCUCUGUACUGUGUCGCUCAGCCACGUGGAGACAAGAGCCCCAACGAGGGACAAGGUGAGUACUCAGAUGCCCUGGAGUACCUGCAGCUGCUGAACAGCGCCUCUGAUGCUGCAGGAGCUACCACGCAGGCCUUCGCCAUCGGCUCCAACAUGGCCACCGUCACCGGCUGUGAUCCUCACUCAAAAUGGUGGUCGUCAGUUGCCGUGGUGAUUAUUAACUGGCUGCAGGGAGAUGACGUAGCAGCAGAGAGGUUGUAUCCAGCGGUGGAACACCUUCCACGCAGUCUUCAGUCAGACGAAAGUCCACUACCCAAAGCCUGUUUGAACAUGUUUAAAGCAGUGCGGGCCCUGCUGGCCAAACCAGAGAACAGACAGCUGAGCCUGAGCUACUGUGAAAAAGCCAGCAGCUUGUUCAGAGACAGCCUCAAUCUGGGGCCACACUGCAACAGCACCACUUUAGACAAGUUGGUGCAGUUGUUACUGUGUGAUCUGCUGCUGGUGACACGCACCAGUCUGUGGCGAGAACAGCAGAUUUGUUCUCCUGCUUCCCCUCAGCAGAGCUCAGCCUCAGCCGCUUCUCCCGCUGAGCUGCAGGGCUUCCAGCAGGACCUGAGCUCUCUGCGCAAACUCGCCCACAGCUUCCGACCCGCCAUGCGUAGGUUGUUUCUGCAUGAAGCCACUGCCAGGCUGAUGGCAGGAGCAAGCCCAACGCGCACACACCAGCUCCUGGACCGCAGUCUGCGCCGCCGUGCCACACCUGGAGGCAAAAUCGAGGAGUGUGAGACACGACCAGGCCAGCGUGAGCAGGCAGAGGCGGCCAUGUUGGCAUGUUGGUAUCUGCCUCCAUCGUUCCUGUCGGCCCCGGGCCAGAGGGUGGGGAUGUUGGCAGACGCUGCACGCACUCUUGAGAAGCUGGGGGACAAACGCACGCUCCACGACUGCCAGCAGAUGAUCAUCAAACUGGGCAGCGGGACCACUGUCGCCUCCACUUAGAGACAAAGCAAAAGACUUUCAAACCCCCCUGCCCCACCACCUUCACCCCACCCUCCUGCACUAACACAAUAUCAAUCUCAAAUUUCUGUGCCACAUUUUCUGGCUACAGGCUUCAGCCUUUAUCAGUUAACCAGCUCAUUUUAGUAUGUCAGGUUUUUUCCUAUUUUUUCAUUUCUUUUUAACUUUGCCCUUUUUUCUUUACAGCUAUUAUUUAAAUAAUUUAAUAAUUUAAUUUGUUCGUCCUGACAAAAUGCUGAUACUUUUAUGGUUAAUGUUCAACAUCUUACUUAAAGGUGUGGUCAGUAAUUUUAAAUGCAGAAAUAGUUUGUAUUUGGCAAAGUUCUUGUAAGGUUUUAGGCAGCUGUCAAUUAAACAUCAGCUCAGAGGAGAAACACAGUAAAACAGUAUGGACACCAAGACUGGACACCAUCCAAUCAAUCAGAACAGUAGAGGUGUUUCUACUUGCCUGUCAACCCUGAAAGCUGCUUUAUCACACCAGAUUUAAGGCUUACCAGCCUACGCAUGUUUUGGGGGUGUGUGGCUUUGGAUUCAAAACAACUACAUUCAGCUAAUUUCUCUUAAAAUUACUAACUACACCUUUACAGUAAUAUUUCACAUAUAGAUGCUGUCUGGGCCGCUGUAGUGUUCCUGUAAUGAGGUGUUUUGUAAGCACCAGCUUUGUCCACUAGAUGGCAUUUUAUUGAGCGGCACUGGACACUUAUGAGCGGCAUUACAGGGUGAUCGGACAUGAAUCAUUGUAAUUCCCCUAAAUGUGUAAUACCAGCUUUCCACUCACAGAACAAUCCUUGUCUCCGGUCGUAAUGAUGUGGUAGUGCAUGUACAUGUGUGUGCAUGUUUCUGUUUAAGCAGCAUCUCAGACGCUAGUUUUUUACCUGCUGAGUCUACUGGUUUGGUAGAGCAUGGCCAGGUGACUCAGCUGCCUGGAAAUCAAGGAUUAUUCUGUGUGCAAGGGAGCUAGGUGUUAGGGGACAUGAUGAGUGUGAUGAGAUUUCCUUUUCAUUACAUCUGUACAGACCUUCUAAUCUGCACUACCCACACUGGGGCUGACUUCUACAUGAUUUAAGAGCGUAUACGGCUUUACAAGGUUCUUUUCUUGUAACGUUUCCUUGUAUAUAUUUUUAAAGAUGUGUAUUUAUAAUUUUGUCUAAAGAUGUGGGUGAACAGUAUUUUCUAAGAACAGAGAAAAGGGGACUACUUGGAUGUUUCAUUGGAACACAGUGCUAGAGCAGAAAACUGACUUAUGCAGAAACAGAAUAGUGGAGUUAAUAAAGUGCUCAUUGCUGUGAAUAUGGGACCAGUUUAGAGUUUCACUUAACAAGUGGACAAUCUGACUGCCGGAUAUCUAGUCCCAGGUAAGUGGAAAAGACUUCUACAGGGUGCUCAUUCUCGAGGAGUCUUGUCUGUUUGCACUAUUUAGAGAGGUAACGGUUACUAUUUGAAGAGUGCAGCUCCUGAACAUACUUGGUGGUAAAAUGUAUGGAGGGAAUGACACCAUGGAUGGUCACAAAAAUAUCUGAGCCAGUCUGUUUUGACACAGUUCACCAUCAUUCUUACCUUUAUCCAAAAGCAGGAUUUUUAGAUGAGACAGUUCUUUGAGAGAGCCCCAUCUGCAUUCCACUUUCAGCCACUGUUAUGUUUCAAAUACUCUGUUAAAUUUACAGUCAAGUUUCAGAAGUUGUAUUGUAAAUGGCAGACUCAUGACCUGUAUGCUAAUCAGUGUGUAGUGCUCAUAGUCAAAAUCUCAACAAGAAUGUUUGAACAGUCUGUCCAAUUUGCUUUUUGAUUUAUUCUUGAGAAUGUAAAUAAAAGUUGUUUUGUAACAUA